AAGGGGGCGGAGUGACAGAUUUCUCCCGACCACGUUCCUGCAAGCGCGAGCUGUGUUGUGUAGGGUGUCCCCGAGUCGGCUGCGGCGUGUCAGGCUCGGGAACCGGGAGCCAGAAGAGCUUCGUCAGUGGCUUCCCAUGCAAAGUUGUUCUGGAAUCCCGGAUCCCAGCUCCAAGCCUUAGUGGAGGUCACCGCUGUCAAUUCACCCGUGGCCCGGCGUGCCAGGCGGAGGACAAAGUGGCGGUUGUUGGAGUGUCACAGGAGAGGUGUGCUGGAAAUAAUUCGUCCUUUUCCCCUUGGGAAUUGUCUACAGUUAGGCCUAGUCACAUCUUAUUGGGUUGAAUUUGGAAAAGGCUCCGUGGAGGAAAUAGCCUGUGAGAUCUGAAUAAGAAUGCCGGGAAUAAAGAAGGGGGUAUUCGGAACCAACAGAACUCAGUGGGCCAGAGCUCUGCGGCUCUCCACCCCUAGGUUUUGACAUUGCCUCGGGGCCUGUAAGCAUCUGUGUUUUUUUUUUUCCUUUCAAGAUGCCAUUUACAGACUUUGUUCUGGCCCUGAAAGACAAUCCCUACUUUGGGGCUGGAUUUGGGCUGGUAGGUGUGGGCACGGCUCUGGCUGUAGCCCGGAAAGGAGCCCAGCUGGGUCUAGUGGCAUUCCGGCGCCAUUACAUGAUCACACUGGAAGUCCCUGCUAGAGACAGAAGUUAUGCCUGGUUGCUUAGCUGGCUUACCCGACACAGUACCCGCACUCAGCACCUCAGUGUUGAAACCUCAUACCUGCAGCAUGAAAGUGGCCGAAUCUCCACCAAGUUCGAAUUUAUCCCCAGCCCUGGAAACCACUUCAUUUGGUAUCAGGGGAAAUGGAUCCGGGUAGAACGAAAUCGAGAAAUGCAGAUGGUAGACUUACAAACGGGGACUCCUUGGGAAACUGUCACCUUCACGGCCCUGGGCACUGACCGAAAGGUUUUCUUCAACAUCCUGGAAGAAGCCCGAGCACUAGCCCUGCAGCAGGAAGAGGGCAAGACGGUGAUGUACACAGCUGUGGGUUCUGAAUGGCGUACCUUUGGUUAUCCACGCCGCCGCAGGCCACUGAAUUCUGUAGUCCUACAGCAGGGCCUGGCUGACCGAAUUGUCAAAGAUAUCCGGGAAUUCAUUGAUAACCCCAAGUGGUACAUUGACAGAGGCAUUCCCUACAGACGUGGCUACCUUCUUUAUGGGCCCCCUGGUUGUGGAAAGAGCAGUUUCAUAACAGCUCUGGCUGGAGAACUGGAGCACAGCAUCUGCCUGCUCAGCCUCACAGACUCCAGCCUCUCCGAUGACCGGCUCAACCAUCUGCUGAGUGUGGCCCCUCAGCAGAGCUUGGUGCUCCUGGAGGAUGUGGAUGCUGCUUUCCUCAGCCGAGACUUGGCUGUGGAGAACCCUGUGAAGUACCAAGGUCUAGGUCGUCUCACCUUCAGCGGGCUGCUCAAUGCUUUGGAUGGUGUAGCCUCCACUGAGGCGCGCAUCGUGUUCAUGACCACCAACCACAUCGACAGGCUGGAUCCUGCCCUGAUACGUCCUGGGCGAGUAGAUCUGAAGGAGUAUGUGGGCUACUGCUCACACUGGCAGCUGACCCAGAUGUUCCAGAGGUUCUAUCCAGGGCAAGCGCCUUCCUUGGCUGAGAACUUUGCAGAACAUGUCCUUAAAGCUACAUCCCAGAUUAGUCCUGCCCAGGUGCAAGGCUACUUCAUGCUGUAUAAAAAUGACCCCAUGGGGGCUAUUGAAAAUGUUGAAUCUCUGAGGUGAUCCACCAGGCCACUAUCUGCUCUAAAAAAAAAAAUCCAUAAACAACUGUCAAA